AUGGAGUGGCUUGGACGUGCAGCAAUCGACUUCACUCAUGCGCCUACACCGCGCAAGGUGAAGGAAAAGGAUGGCAAUGAGACUGAUCUCUUGUCCAUCACCGAGAAAGCGACGCCGCCAUGCAAUUUGAACCCCUUGCUCUUCAACGGUCACCUGCAGACAAUCUGGACUGCUACCAAGCCUGCUGGACCUAAAAUCUACUACAAGCGCAAGAUUUUUGAUGCCGACCACAAGAUUUACCGUGGAACGUUUGCGGUGGAUUUCGCUACUGAGCCCUUUGAGGCCCCUGAAGAUCCUACCUUGUCGCGACGAACAGCGUAUUUCACCGAGCAAGAGUUUGAGAACAUUGGAUCCGACGACAACAAACCCAUGCUCGUCAUCUUGCAUGGCCUUUCUGGUGGCUCUCAUGAGAUUUAUCUGCGACACACUAUUGCCCCCUUGAUUGGUGAGGGCGGCUGGGAGGCUUGUGUUGUCAAUUCGAGAGGUUGUGCCAGAUCCAAAAUCACCAGUGGUGUUUUGUACAACGCGCGAGCGACGUGGGAUAUCCGUCAGACAGUGAAAUGGCUUCAAGAGAAGUUCCCUAACCGACCUUUGUUUGGUCUGGGAUUCUCACUCGGCGCAAACAUGCUCACGAACUACUGCGGUGAAGAGGGUCCCAACUGUGUUCUUAAGGGAGCCGUCGUUUGCUCCAACCCAUUCAACCUUGAUGUUUCCAGCAAGAUCCUCCAAAACAGCUACAUUGGCAAGGAGGUCUACCUCCGGGUCAUGGGAAGUGCUCUGAAGGAACUCGCCGCCACACACAGGGAAGAGCUGGAGAAGUACAGCAAGAUUGACGUUGACGCUGUUAUGAAGAUCACUUAUCUCUAUGAGUUUGAUCGCCUGAUCCAGUGCCCUUCUUGGGGAUAUCCCACCGAGACUGCAUACUACCGAGAUGCCUCUUCUGUUGACUCAAUCCUGUCUAUCGAGAUUCCAUUCUUGGCCGUUCACUCAACCGAUGAUCCUAUUGCUGUCAAGGAAGCUAUUCCUUAUGAGGAGUUCAAGCAGAACCCCAAUACCGUCCUUCUCACAUCCAGUCUCGGAGGACAUUUGUGCUGGUUUGAAUCUGGCGGUUCCCGUUGGUUCACAAAGCCCGUUACCAAUUUCUUGAACCACUUGGCCUUCAAGACCGAUCUUGACAGCCUGAAGCCUCAAGCAAACCCCAACAGCAGCGACUUCACCGAGGGACACGGAUACAGCCCCAUGAGACGCAAGCUGGUGAUUGUCGAAGACUAA